CUAUUUCUCUCUCCUCUCUCUAGUCUCAGUAUAUGUAUACGUAUGUAGAGAUAUGCAUAUUACUAUGUGUAAUGUGUGAUUGCUGUAUGUAUCUGUUCAAUCGCUUGUGAAUUUUUUUUUUUUUCGUUUAUGAUAUAGUGAUCGUUUUGAGAGUUGAUUUCCUUUUUAUUUUAUCUUCGAGUGUGUCAACGGGGAAAUGUUGAUGUAUGAAUAAGGCUACCGGCGGUUGUUUCUGGUAUUCUGCCUGUAAAAUUCGGUGUUACUGCGGAUUUUGUUUGAUCAAACUGUUUCUUUGGUGAAGAUAAUUAAAAGUAUCAUCCACAAUGGAUGGAAAUGGAAAUCGACAAAUGGAGGUCCAUUACAUAAACACAGGAUUCCCAUACACAGUCCCUGAGAGCUUCAUGGACUUCUUUGAUGGAAUUUCACAUCAAACUUCACAUUUUCCUCAUUCGGGUCCUAUCCAUGAUCAGGAGCAUGCAUAUUGGGCAAUGAAUAUGAGUUCAUACAAAUACGGAUUACCAUUACCUGGUAUUGGAAAUGUACCUUAUUAUGAUCCAUAUGAAGUUCACAAUUAUGCACCAAGAAUGGAUAUGAAUCGAAGUGCAUGGGAGUAUCCUGUAAUGAUGAAUGUCACAGAAUCUGCUACCACAGAUGUCCAAUCAGCUGAGAAUUCAGUUCCAAGCAUGCAAGCUAUUCCUGAAGAAUGUAGCCCAAAUCAUGACAGUGCUUCUAGUUCUCAGGUUGUUUGGCAGGAUGACAUCGAUCCAGACAACAUGACAUAUGAGGAAUUACUUGAUUUAGGAGAGGCAAUUGGGACAGAAAGUCGAGGUCUUUCUCAAGACCUAAUUGAUUCCCUUCCAACUACAAGAUAUAAGUCUGGUGGCUUCUUCUUAAGAAAAAAAUCCGGAGAGAGGUGUGUGAUUUGCCAAAUGAGAUACAAGAGAGGGGACAAGCAAAUCAAUUUGCCAUGUAAGCAUGUUUAUCAUACCGAAUGUGGAUCCAAAUGGCUCAGCAUCAACAAGACAUGUCCUAUUUGCAACGUGGAAGUUCUUGGUGAGGAACCGUCAUCAUCAUCAAGCCGCUAAAAACUCAUUGAAAUGGUCAAAUUGCCACAAAAUUUCCCAUCUUUUUUUUUUUUUUUUUUGCUUUUUUUGUUUAUUUUUUUUACUUACAUAGAAGGUAGUUAACUGAAGUUUGUCCUUAAUUACGUGUUUUUAUAUAGGAUGUGUUGUUAGCUUUAUAUAAAAGGUGAAUAUGAACGACUGGGAUCCUUUUUUUUUUUUUUUUAAAUGUUAUUAUUUUAGGUUAAAUUGUUUCUAAGAUUAAUAGUCAAAUUGUGAGUUUAUUAAAUUAGUAUUAUUAUAUUUGUUGAA